AUGAUUUUCACUGAUCGCCGAACAGAAGUGCAUAAAGUAUCAGAGGACGUAGGCGUAUCGUACGGAACGGCACUCAAUAUUUUGCAUGAUAACUUGGGAAUGAAAAAGCUGUCGGCCCGAUGGGUGCCGCGACUGCUCACGGUGGACAACAAGCGGAUGCGGCUAUCAGUUGCGAAGCAGUGCUUGGAGCUGUUUAAGCGCAAUCCGCAGGAGUUUUUGCGUCAAGUCGUAACCGUUCAUGAAACAUGGAUUCAUCACUACACACCGGAGACCAAGGAACAAUGGACUUCACCCGGUAAACGUGCUCUGAAGAAGACCAAGACGGUUCCAUCGGCGGGAAAAGUAAUGGCCACUGUUUUUUGGGAUACGCAGGGUGUGACGUUUAUCGACUAUUUGGAGAAGGGAAAAACUAUGACGGGGCAGUACUAUGCUGAUUUAUUGGAGCGAUUCGACGUUGAAUUGAAGAAAAAACGACUCCAUUUGGCGAAAAAAAAGUGUUGUUCCACCACGACAAUGCACCGGCUCACUCCUCCGCAAUCGCCACAGUCAAAUUGA